AUGGAAAAAUAUAGAAGAUUUGCAGAUUAAUUUACAGGAAUUAAUCCAUUCUUGCCAGUAUUUUUAAACAAGAAAAAAAAAGCAAGUGAAAUCAUUUUGAAACUGCUUUUAGGUCCUAUUUUAGUUUUAAUUAGAUUGCCAUUGAUUUUGAUAUUCGCUCUUUUACUUGUUCUUUACCAUUCUAUUUUCAUUCACUUGUUAGUAGUCAAUUCAUUUAAAAGAGUUGUAACUCUCUUUAAUCACCUUGUAUGUUUGAGAGUCAUCUUAUUCUUGAUGGGUUUCUAUAAAUUCAAAACAAGUUUUAAAAUCCUCUCUAAAGAAGGUUCUAACAAAUCUCCUCCUCCAAAAAUGAACUCAGGAUUUAUAGUUUUAGCUAACCACACAAGUCCUGUAGACUACAUCUAUAUGACAUACUUAAUGUCACCUAUUUUCUCCAAAUAGUACAUUUCUACCAAGGACUCUUCUCAAACAAAAGUCCUUUUAAGCCCAUUAAGUUUCUUUUAGACAAUAAAGGCAGCAUUUAGCUUGGAUUAUUCUAUUCCAGUUUAAGGUGAUGAUACUGAAUUAGCAAAGCAUCAUGAUUAAAAGCUUAAAGUUAUUAGUCUCAUCUAAUCAUCUUUUGAUGAGCAUAAAGGUCCUCUUUGUGUAUUUUUUGAAGGUGCAAAGACAAACGGUUAUGGAUUUUUGUAAGCUGAAGAGAGUUUGAUUUAAGAUAUUGCAGAAGUUUAAGAAAAAUAUAGAAGAGAAGUUGUUGUAUUCAAUUUAAAGUACACUGAUAAAUCUCACUUCUCCCCAAUAAAUACCACCAGAAAUCCUUUCUUGCAUUUUAUUCUUUUGCUAACUAAUUUUUCAAACGAACUAAAAGUUUCUGCUAAAGGCAUUCCAUUCUAAGAUACUACUUAAACAGGACCUUUAGACAUAAAAUAAUAUAAGGAAUCUAUUUAUUCAUUUUACGAGUCAUCAGGUAUUAAAAAGAUGUAAGUAACAUGGAGAGAAUAUUAGAAGUUCUUAGAUUAUUGGUAAAACUCUCAAUCUAAAUAGUACAUUGAAGAAAUCAAAAAGAGAGAAUGA